ACCACAAAAGAUGUAAAUAGAGCGACACCUUGUGGUGGAAGAUUAAGUGUCAAAAUAGAAGAAAUGUUUUGGUUAAAAUAAAUGGACUCAUAUUAAUUCUUUGGAGUACGAAAGACUAGGAUGGACGGAACGGAUAAAGACAGUCUAGCUGUUAACACAGGGACAAGCACAGACUCUAUAUCGGAACCAUCGUCCACGAAUAGUUCCAAGGAAUCUGUAUCACCGUCCAAGUCGAUUUGUUCAACUUCCUCAAACUCUUCAGGAGAACAACCAGCGGCAGCGGAACCAGCAAAGGUAUCAUUUUUGGAGUCAUCAAAAGUUGCUGGAAAUGAAGAAAUCCCUUUACUUCCUGGAGAAAAAGUGCAAGGAAUAGAUGAAAAUGUGACGUAUCUAUGCCCAUACAACAGACCAAUCAAGGGAACAUUAACAGUAACCAACUACAAACUGUACUUUAAAAGUGUGGAACGGGACUCACCGUCUGUACUGGACGUGCCUUUAGGAGUUAUCGUUAUCAGUAAGAUAGAGAAAAUCGGAGGUGCUACCAGUCGAGGAGAGAAUGCCUAUGGAAUUGAUCUUCUUUGCAAGGAUGUGAGGAACAUUAGAUUCGCCCACAGACAAGAAAAUCACUCUAGGAGACAGGUGUUUGAGAAAAUACAACAGUUUGCAUUUCCCAUUACAAACAAACAGCAACUGUUUGCUUUUGAAUUUAAAGAAGACUAUGGCAUUGAUGGUUGGAAGGUGUAUAACCCAGAAGAAGAAUACAGGAGACAGGGCCUUCCUCCGGAGAGUUGGAGAAUCACCAAAAUAAAUGAGAAAUACGAGUUUUGUGACACAUAUCCCUCUGUGCUUGUAGUCCCUGCUGCUGUGUCAGAUGAUGACCUCAAGCAAGUAGCUUCACAUCGAUCCAGAAAUAGACUACCUGUGUUGUCCUGGAUCCACCAAGAAAGCCAGGCUACCAUCACCCGAUCUGCCCAGCCCCUGGUGGGAGGGGCUCCACUCCGCAGAAAUCGACAAGAUGAGCACUAUAUUCAGACCAUCAUGGACGCCAAUGCACAGUCACACAAACUCUUUAUCAUGGAUGCCAGGCCUCUUGUUAAUGCCCUAGCAAAUAUGGCCAAAGGCGGGGGGUAUGAGCGAGAGGAAUGGUACACAAAUGCUGAGAUAGCUUUCCUUGACAUUCAUAACAUUCACGUGAUGAAGGACAGUCUGAGGAAACUUCGUGAAGUUGUUUUUCCAACCAUUGAUGACAGUAAAUGGUUGUCCAACAUUGAGGCAACCCACUGGCUGGAUCACAUUAAGCAAAUUUUAGCAGGUGCUCUAAGGGUUGCAGAUAAAGUGGAGAGUGCUAAGACCUCAGUACUGGUUCACUGUAGUGAUGGCUGGGACAGAACUGCCCAGCUGACGAGUCUGGCAUCCCUGAUGUUAGACCCUUAUUACAGAACUAUUAAGGGCUUUGAGGUGCUUAUUGAGAAGGAAUGGUUGAGUUUUGGUCACAAGUUUGCCCAGCGUAUUGGACAUGGGGAGGAUAGACACUCAGACACUGACCGAUCACCCGUAUUCUUACAAUUCAUUGACUGUGUUUGGCAAAUGACUCAUCAGUUUCCUAACGCCUUUGAAUUCAAUGAGCACUUCCUGAUCACCAUCAUUGACAAUGCCUUCAGCUGCUUGUUUGGUACCUUCCUGUGUAACUGUGAACAACAGAGAACAGAAAAGGGUCUGAAACAGAAGACGGUGUCUUUGUGGUCAUUUGUAAACUGUCAGAUGGAGGAGUUUACUAACCCUCUAUAUGCCGCGUCCCUACAGCAGCACGUCCUGUUCCCUGUGGCGAGCCUCAGGAGAAUCGAACUGUGGACCGGGUACUACUGUCGCUGGAACCCCCGUAUGAGGCCUCAGGAACCUAUUCAUUUGAGGAACAAAGAACUAUUGAUGUUGAAGGCACAGUUACAGAAAAAAGUGGAUGAACUUCUUAAAGAGCUUGAAAACAAGAAAGCUAAAGGGAAGCUGCUUCCCCAAAACAGUCCCCCCAGAAUCUCCUCCCCCAUCAAUGUGUGAAACACUGCCUCGCAUUGGUUGGCUUUUAUCAUAGUACUUUAGAAGAUGUCGGCCAAUAUUCAAGUGUCUGGAUUUUGUCUUGUACAAAUGUAGAGACUGAACAACUUCUUAAAUAUCGUCCAGAUGGACAAAUAUGUGCAAUAAUAUACUU